AUGGCGGACGCGGAUGAAGAUGUCAUCCCUCUGGCCUCAACGUCUGGUGCCGACGACGACCUCGAAGACGAAACCCAAGAUUUCCGCUUCCUCAGCCAGUUGACAUCCUCGUCGAGGACCGGCCAAGCCAUAAUCCCCAAGCGCGGCACAAAGGACUUCGAACCGAACCCCACGCGAUCGCAGGCCUCGGCCCUCGAGGACUCCCGCCGGGCGAUGCACACUGUCCUCAGCAGCGUGCGUGCACAGUCCGGCAAGAAUCACGUCGUGGGACAGUACCUCCCCAACGAAGACGACUGGAGAUGGGAUGGCGGCGGCAGCAGCGACGGGUCAGAAGGAAGACACGGCCGGUGCGUCGUGGUGUACAAGUUCAAAAGCCCGCACUUGAAGGUGAUGGGCCAAGCAGACAGGAAUAACUGGGUUUGGCUGUUGCCUGAAGAGGCUCUGUUUCUGCUAGAAAGAGGAAGUCUCGAUAUCCGAUGGCCAGAUGUCAGUGAUGAGCACGAUGAUGAACCACCAAGUGGGAGUCAAGAUAGAACCUGCAACAUCACCGCUUCGGAGAAAGAUCCUGCUGCUCAGGAGCGACAAGCUUUUGAACCAGAGAAUGAGGCCGACACUGCAAUGACUCAAAGCGCGGAACCUUCACUAAGCGAACUCCCAAUGAGUCUACAAGGUGCCUACGCCACCUUUAUCGGCAAAGACGGCUUGACGUUGGAGCGGUAUACGGUUUACGCGGGACUCAAGAGAGCGGGAUAUAUUGUCCAGCGGGCGCCGACCUGGAACGACACAGAUCUCUCUCAAGCAAACGGGCACGCCUACGAUGGUCGAUCCCCGCCCUUUUCACCGUCCAGUCCGUCAACACCCGCAUCCGGCAGAUCUCAUACCCCAGGGACAGUCGCAUCUCUAGUCCACAGAUUAGUAUCAUGGCUCUUCCGACCUCGCCAGAGCAAGUCCUGUCCUUCACUUGGGCCCCUGGUCGCUCCGGGCCUUUACAGGAACUACGCAGAUUUAUUCCGCGCCUUGGCACUGGUUCCGUACCAUGAGCCUUCUUCCAGUGACACAACUGCGGUCUCGCCUCGACUCCGUCCCCAAGCCCCUUACCGCAUCCACUUCCACGUGUGGAAACCCAACAUCUCCUCCACUUACAAGAAGACGGCCCCGCCUCCAGAAGACUACCGAAUCUGCGUGGUCGACGCGCGCUCGACGCCAUCGAUUCCGUCCUUGUCGGAAAUCGGUCCCUUGCUCGACAGUCAGCCCGAGGAUUCUUUGUCCAAAGCGCAGGCGGGCAGGUUGGAGACGAGGCUUAAACACGGACGCCGGAAUGUGCUGUUGGCGGUGGUGGAUGUGGGUGUCGUGAGCUAUCUGAGGCUCAGUGACGCGUGCUUCGGGGCCGACAAAUUGUACGAGGAGAAGACCAGGGCGGGCACAAAAGGUGGUGGUCGAGCCAGGAGGACCCAGGGUCAGGGCCAGAACCGGGGGCGAGGCCAAGGGCAAGGACGGAGGUAA